AUGGACUCUGGCGUCGUCCCUUGGCUGGAGAGGCACUGGACGCUCUCCUUGGUCUUGACCUUAGCCCUCGCAACACUAUUGCCGCAGAUCCUCAAGCUCUACCUCCGGCGCCAGAGACUGCUGAGAGCUCUGCGGCCCUUCCCGGGACUCCCUACAAACUGGCUCGGCGGGAAUAAGAGGUAUGAACCAGAAGAAGAGCUACAGGCAUUUGAGGAGCUGCCCCAAAAAUACCCCAGUGCUCUUCCUCUCUGGUUUGGGCCCUUUCACGCAAUAUUAUUUAUCUAUGACCCAGAAUAUGCGAAGAUUUUCCUGAAUCGAAAAGAUCCCAAAACCUCCGUGGCCUACAAAUUCUUAAUCCCCUGGCUCGGCAGAGGAUUGUUGAUCCUGCAUGGUGAGAAGUGGCAUUACCACCGGCGCCUUGUGACCCCAGCCUUCCACUUCAACAUCCUGAAGGACUACAUCCACCUAAUAAAGGACUCAGCCCGUAUGAUGCUGGAUGAAUGGGAAAAACUCAGAACCGAGGAUAGUUCCAUGGAGGUCUCCGAGUCUAUCUCUUUCAUGGCCUUGGACAGUGUUCUGAAAUGUACAUUCAGUGUCCAGGAUUUGAGCAAAGAAAAUAGCUUCUUGAACACCUACUUCCAGAAUGUGAGCAAAAUCGCAAAUUUAGUCUGCAGUCGCAUGUACAGCUUCUUCUAUCACAGUGACUUCAUUUACAAGCUGAGCUCUGACUUUCAAGAGUUCCGGGCUCUCUGCCAAGAAGUAAAGAAGCGACCAGCUAAAAUCAUCCAGGACAGGAAGGCAGCCUUCAAGAAUCCAGGGGAACAAGAAAAGAUUCAAAAGAAGAAGAAGUACCUGGAUUUCCUAGACAUCCUCUUUCAAGCCAGAGAUGCAGAGGGAGGAGGCUUCACAGAUGAGGAACUAGUGGAUGAGGUAAAUACAUUCAUGUUUGCUGGCCAAGACACCAUGGCCUCUGGACUCUCCUGGACCUUAUACUGCCUGGCCAUGAACCCAGAACACCAGAAGAAAUGUAGAGAGGAGAUACAAGGUAUCCUGGAAGAUGAAGACUCCAUAACCUGGGACCACCUGAACCAGAUGCCCUAUAGCACCAUGUGCCUCAAGGAGGCCCUCCGCCUCUACCCACCUGGCCCCAAAAUAGGCAGGCAGCUCAUCGAGCCCAUCACCUUCCCAGAUGGACGCUCCCUCCCUUCAGGUGUGAUAGUUAUCCUGAACAUCUGGGCUCUUCACUGCAAUCCUGCUAUCUGGGAAAACCCACUGGUCUUUGACCCUGAAAGGUUCUCCCCAGAGAACUGUGAAAAGAGACAUCCUUAUGCUUUCUUACCAUUUUCUGCUGGAUCCAGGAACUGCAUUGGGCAGCAAUUUGCCAUGAUUCUAAUGAAGGUGGGCCUGGCCCUGACAUUGCUCCGCUUUGAACUGUUUCCGGAUCUUGAGAAGCCUCCCGUCGCCUCUCCCCAAAUAGUUCUCAGGCCCAAGAAUGGGAUUCAUCUGCAUGUGAAGCCACUCCACUAG